AGGGUGAAACAUUUUCCAUGAUCAACUGCUGCAGACGAGGCAUUUUGCAGCUCGGACUGUUGCAGCGGGCUGUUACCUCCCACCACUGAUUGCAGCAGGUGUGCAAACCUGACAGUUUGCCCCAGCACAGAAAGAAAGCCUACAGGAAUAAUGUACGCAACAUUUAACCUCUCCACCUCUGACCGCUCCAACCUGUCGGACGCAGACUACCUGAGGCUGCAGGAGCUGACCCACCGCUCCGUCAAAAUAAGCAUCAUCAUCGUCCUGGGAGUGAUGAUCACUUUGGGCAACAUUGCAGUGCUCCUGGUCAUCACCUCCUCCGUGGCUGGCUGGUCAAGGAACUCCCGCUACUUCCUCCUGUCCCUCACCGCGGCAGACUCCGCGUUCGGCUUGCUGGUCAUGCCCCUGAACCUCUGGGUGAGUCUGCUGAAGGACUACAGCGAGGGCCCGGAUGCCCUCUGUCAUGUGGUGGCUUUUUGCAACGCCACCGUCUACUCCACCUGCAUGUACACGCUGGCCACCAUCAGCCUGGAGAGGUACAUCGCGGUGUUUUACCCGCUGCAGUACUCCACGCUCAUGACCAGAAAGCGGACUCUGCUCCUGAUCGCCUUCGCCUGGUGCUUCCCUCUCGUCUUGCUCUCGCCCAUCACCUUCCCGGACGGCAUCAUCGAGGUGCACUUCUCCAACGCGUCGCUGGUCUGCAACCCGUCCUACUCCACGAACGUCGCCUACACCUUAAGCUUGACCUGUUUGAUAUUUUUCCCCUGCUCUAUGGUCAUGACGUAUGCCAACCUGCGGGUGUGGUGCGCGGCCAAGAGGCAGAGGCUGAAACUGCGCAGGUACGGCUGUGCGCUGCGCAGCAGGCACAACGUCGCUGCCAGAGUGCUUGUACCUGUGAUGGCGGCCUACUACACAUGCUGGACACCCUGCAUGGCGGCUAUGAUCUACAAUGCAGUCUCGGGGAGUAGCGUACCAGAGUGGGUCGAGUUCGUCGUGGUGUGGCUCCCGACCUCCAAUGGUUUCCUCAACUGCAUCUUCUACUUCUGGAUAAACAAAAACUUUCGCAGGAAGUUCUACCUUAUUCUGCAGAGGCUGGCUCUGGCCCUCUGUCCUGAACUGGCAGACACCUUUGGGUGGAGCACCACUUCAUCGGCGCAGUCCAUCUCAGGAAUCUUCGGCAAUAACAACAUGGUCCAUGAGCGCUCCUCCAGCGUGUCCUCCACCUGCACCUUGCUGAGCUUGGCUUAAGACCUCUGACCCCAGAAAAAAAAGUGCAGCUAAGGACGUGGUCAGUGACCUGCAUAAUUUUAAAGUCAUUGCUCAGUUAUUGGUGUUUUAACAAACUAAAGCACUGCACUGCAAAUGGUUUGAAAUUCUGAACGAUUCUGACGGUGACAUUUCAGGGGGAAAAGGAAAAUCAGCACCAGCGUAAACUGUAUUGUUUUUAUACAUGUUAUUUCCAACUGAAAACAGCAUUCAGCUGAAAGGGGCAAAUGCUCCAUUUAUAACUGAUUUGGAUGAGGUUAUUUUUCUCAAAGAUGUACCAUUGCCAUGAUUUGAUUUAUAAUCCAAGAUGGCCUCUUAAACCACCUUUUUAGUUCUUUUAUAGCUAGCCAUCAAGUUUGUCUGUGCUACAGGUAUGCCUGUCAUUAUUCUGCACACACCUCUUUUUAAUGCGUCAACCUGUAACUUAUCACAGCACAUUUCGAUCGGUCCAUAUUUGUCAUUUAGCUCAUCAGAAGAAAUUGAUAUUUAGGCCCCUUCUCAUGUGAAGAUCUUUGUGAACGCUGCCAGCAGAUUUCAAACACUUUGAACUACUGAGGCUAUCAACCUUUAUCCGUUUCAAACUAUUUGACAUAUACCAGCUAAGAGAAGUUAACCUUUAAGUCACAGCAUUUCGGUGCAUGCAAGGAGAAAAGUAAUUAAGCGCCUGGACCACAGAAAGGUCACCACGUUCGUGCCGGUAGGAGACAACUUGUAUUUGGAUGAUUUUGGGCGCAGAAUCUACAUAAUACAUCUAGAUGGAGGAAUUGCAGCUUUGUGUGUUUUUGUCUUUGAAUAAAGUUUUGUCAUGAUGGUUAAUUUUUG